GUGGGAGGCGCCUGAUUUUAAAUUUCUCACAGGUGAGAUGCAUAAAACAGGUAAGAUGAGAGUCGAUGCCACUUCUGCUUCGUUUGUCAUCAGCUUUGAGGUAUUCACAGCAGUGUAAAAUGGGUUCCAAACUCGAGAGUGCAAUGGAGGGGCUAAUUCAAGUGUUCCACUCAUACUCCGCAAAAGAAGGGGACAAGUACAAGCUGAGCAAAGUUGAGCUGAAGAAUCUGUUGCAGGGUGAACUGAGUGACUUCCUGGCGGCAUGCAAGGACCCUAUGGUAGUAGAGAAGAUCAUGAGUGAUCUGGAUGAAAACAAAGAUGGCGAAGUGGACUUUCAGGAGUUUGUCGUCUUGGUUGCUGCGCUGACGGUGGCCUGUAACGAGUUCUUUGUAGAGCCUGAAUGAGUUUGGAAACCGUCUGUGACCUCACCUUUCUACUCAUUAUUCCUUGUUAAUAAAACAAAUGUAUGCUUGAAUUUGAUUGUCAAAAAAUAUAAAAGAAGUUAUUUCAAA